AUGGAAUGGCAGAUCUCGGGCUACUCGGUGCCGCCAAGUGGCAUUUUAUUCCCGGAGCCACUAACGGUCACUAGCCCGGUGGCGCAGGUGGUGGCAGGUACGCGGGUUACGACGGGGGCCACAUGGUUGGACCACGCCAUGGAUGUCACCAGGUCGCUGGGUAUCACCGUGGACUUCCCGGUGGAGGACAUGUUGUCCACCGCGCGCGCGUGCGCGGACACGCGUCGCAAGGCCGUGAAGCAGUGGAAGCGCACGUUCGUGGUACCUGCCGUGCGGGCCCACGAGCAGCGGUGGUUCGUAUUACAGCUGGCGGCGCUGAACAACGAAGGCGUGGUGCCGUACCGUGACCUGCUGCCUGUGCGGGAGCCGCUGACACCUGGCAUCCGCUGGGCGCCUUGGAGCAGGUCUAUGUGGCGCCUCUUCCAGGCGUGGUCGCUGGCCCGCGUGGCUGGGAGGCUCCCCGUGGAGGCGAGGGCGUGCAUGGCAGCACUCGGCGACAACGCCGCGCACACCGGUGCCAGCCACAGCCAUGGGGAGGACGCCAGCGCAGCGAGCCCUGAUGCCCACGGACCGGCCGCCGAGAUGCCUCCGCCGUGCGUGCCGGAGGUCGCCGACGGCUCGCACGACCAUGGCAGCCAGAGGUCCUCGGUGUCCUCGAGGGGCGCGCGGCGCCGAAGCAAACCUCUGGCGCCCGGCGACCCGGCCAUCGCGACGGGCAGGAGGGAGCUGCCCUCUGGGCUCGGCGGUGCCCGGGUGUCUGCCUCCGUCCCCUCCUACGACUUCCUCCCGCACCUCGACGACGCCGCGGUCCCCUCCUUCGGCAGCCUCCCCUCCGUGGCCGAGAGCGGCGCGACGUCGACGCAGUCGGUAACGCCCCGGGCGAGGCCGUCCUGGGAGUUUGCAGACGAGAGCGAUGCGACGUCCGACGUGACGUCGUUCACGGACUUUUCGCACAUAGGCGAGGAGCGGUCGCACGUCGGCGAGAGGCUGUCCGCUCAGAAGGUCCUGGCCUCCGCGAUGCGCUGGGGCCGGGUGGUCAGCCACGAGUCCGUCAUGGCGAGGGCCGCGGAGCAGAGCCAGGAGCAGGUGCGCAGGCGGACCGGGAGGCAGAAGUUGGAGACGGUCAGGGAGGGCUCCCGCAUGCUGCUCGGGUCGGCAAUGGCCUACGGGGUCGGCAGGCUCAUCGAGCUCCUCCUCCGCGGCUUCGACCCUGGCCAGCGGUGCCCGUUGGGCUGGCGCGGCGGCGAGGUGCCGCAAGGGCCGGCCGCGCUGGCGAGCCUGGCGGCCGAGGCCUGCACGGUGCUGGCGGGCUGCCUGCUGGCCGCCCGGGGGCUGCGCCGCCCGAGCGUGCGCGCCCACUACGGCGUGCUGCUCGCCCUGGGGCUCUACGCGGCCGCCUUCCCGCUCCUGCCCACGGAGCCCUCGUGCGACGACCAGUGGCGCCACCGGCAGUGCGCGAGGGGCAAGGACUGGUGGCGGUCCGACCAGCAGGGCUGCGGCCCACAGGGCUUGACGUCCUCGGUGACGGCCAUGGCCAUAGUUUGUAUGUCUCCACACAUUGUGCCCGAGCUGAAGCCGAUGCUGCUGUUCGUGGCGCUGUUUGUGGCGGGGUACCUCGCAGCGUCUUCCAUCUACCUCUACGCGACUGAGCUGGGGUAUUACACUUGGGUCGAUGUGAUGGUUGCCAUUAUUUUGCUCAGUGCCGCCACCGUGAUGGCUGCCUACAAGAAGUACAAGAUGCAAGUGCAGCAGCAGUACAUAGACUUGCUUUACCAUCGAAAGGCGGACGCCAGUAGGAAGCUCCUCGAUCUGCUCCAGGAUUUCCUCCCAGACCACACAAUUGCACGGAUGCUGAAGCACCCCGACGCCACCACUGCAGAGCAGAUCCCAAAGGCGUCCGUGUUGUUUCUGGUGAUCUCUGAUUUCGAUGGUCACAUGAGCCGGCGGACGCCGGAUCAGCUCCUGGACUUCCUGAACACCCUCUUCGGCAAGAUCGAUCGUAUAUGUCUUGAUUGCGAGGUGACGAAAAUCGAGACAGUGGGCGAGGAGUACGUCGCCGCCGUUGGCGUGAAGCCAGAGGACUACUCGAACGGGGUUGACGAGCACGAGGAGGUGCUGAGCCACCUGAUCGUGGCGGCGCUGGGCAUAUUCAUGUGGCAGGAAGGUGACCUGGGCGACCCCCUGACCGGCGUCCGGUUCCGGAUGGGGCUGCACACCGGCCCGGUCGUCGCAGGCGUGAUCGGGCAGAAGUUGCCCAGGUUCCGUCUGUUCGGGGACACGAUGAACACCGCCGCCAGGAUGAUGCAGAAGGGGGUCGACGGCGAGCUCCAGUUUGGGGAGGAGACUCGGGCGUGCAUGCCCAGCUGGGCAAGGUACAGUUCCAGGGGGAAGGUCGAGAUGAAGGGGAAGGGCCAGGUGGACGCGUACCUCCUGGACAGGUUGGGUGAAGGCUCCGAGGCUAAGGCCUGGGAACAGAUGCGCUCUUACGGGCUCCGCAAGGCCAAGAGGGGCAGUCUGGACAGUAUCAUGCCUCCCGACAGCGAGGUCCCCGACGAUCAUCAUAGCGCGGAGCAGGAGGAUGCGGUGACUGGCUGCACCAGUGCCUGUACCUGGAUCUGCUCGGACUGGGAAGCUCGUCUGAAGAGGCUCGGACGCGGGGUGGUGCAAGCUGUCCGCAGCGGCACGCUCGUCGGCGACGAGGCUGACAUUGACAUAGAAUGGCUUCGGGAGUUCUACUACUUCCGCCUUGCGAGCCACCUGGGGCGGCGUUCAGACCGGGUCGCCGCCGUGAUGAUCGUGCUCACUGCAGCGGAGGCUCUCGCGGCGGAGCUGCUGCAGCCUCGCAUGGAGGACGUGUUCGGCGUGAAGCGGACCAGGCUGUUCCUGGUUAUGCGCGCCGUGCUGCUCGCGCUGAUGUUUCGGUGGCGCGUCGUCGCGCGGCACAAGGACUGGAUCAUCCGGGAGCCGAGAGCGGCGGAGCUAUGGCGUCUGGCGCACGCCUGCGCCCUGCUGGCCCUGCAGUUCACCGCCUACGGUCUGCUCGUGGAGCCCGUCGUCGACGGCUUCAGCCUGGAUUUGAGCGCCCUGGAGGCCAGGGAUAAGCUUCUGAGAGAGCCCCUCAGGCUACCCAUGUGGCAGUUGAUGUUUCUCCUGUGGUACGGGGUAACGGUGCUGAGCUUGCAACUACGGCUGGGGCCCACAGUCUGUUUCGUGGUCUUCUCGCUGAUAGCGCCGCUCGUUCUUUCUGUUGCGUUUCCGGCUGUUCGCAACCUUGCAAGCUCCGUGCAGCUUGUCAGCAUAUUUAUAAUGGGCUUGAUGGGAAUCCAGAUUGCCGGCGCAGAUGAGACUCAAGACAGAGACCGAUUCAAGGCGGAGAGGCACGUGAAGUCUGUGCAGCACCGCAUGGACUCGAUCCUGAGCCAGCUGGUCCCCCCCCUGGUGGCCGACCAGCUCAACCGGCGGCAGGCCUCUCGGAGCGUGAGCCUGCGGCACAAGAGCCUGGAGUGUACCCACUCUUACCAGCAAGCCACCAUCGCCUGCUCGGACCUCGUGGGCUUCACGGCGCUCGCGAGCACGCGCACGGCCACGGAGGUCGUGGAGCUGGUCAGCGAGCUCUUCGGGCGAUUCGACGACCUCAGCGACGUCUACAAGAUCUGCAAGAUAGAGACGGUCGGUGACGCCUACAUUGCUGGCCAGGCGGCUCGGCCGCUCACAUCGGUCUACAGGCCCAUCAGCGUGGUCGUCUUUGCGGUCGAGAUCGUGCAAGCCGUAAGGAGCUGGUCGCGCGAAAGGGACGUCCCUCUCGACUGCCGGGUCGGCGUCCACACUGGCGGCUGCGUCGGUGGCGUCGUCGGCGUGGAGAUGAAGCGGUACCACCUCUUCGGCCACCUGCUGACGGUCCUGGAGCUGCUGGAGUCCACCGCCCCGACGGGGCAGGUGCACCUGAGCAGAGCGUGCAUGCAGGCCCUGGAGGAGCAGGCCUGCGCGGAGAGCCUGUGCAGCGAGAUCUUGGUCUGCGCCCCCAGGGAAGAGCUCGCCCUGAAGACAUCGAAGGGAGACCCCGUGCUGUACCAUGACAUUGGAGGCGCGCCAACGUUUGUGGUGCAGAGCUGCGCCCCCAAGCUGUACGACCCCGAGGCCGGGAGCGAGGCCGAUUCCGACACGGCGAGCGUCGGGGCCAUGGUCAUCUGA